AUGGGCACCACAUGGGUGACGGCCAAGCAGGGUGGCUCACUGACACUUUCCUGCAACCAUGAGCUGGGCUACAAGCUCUACCACAAGUACUGGUGUCACCCGGAUUUCCUCUGGUUUUGCUUCUCCUACAUCACCAAAACCAACGGCUCGGAGGUGCCGGUGAGACUGGACAAGGUGCCCAGAGGGGACAACCACAUGACACAUUUGGUGACGGUGACGGUGGGUGAUGUCGUACUGAAGGACACAUGCUUUCACUCCUGCACAAUGAAGAGGAGGAUGUGGUUCAACCUGACACACAAGACUGAGGUGAUGACCUCCCCAGGUCUGUCAACCUCAACCGAGUGCAGCAACAUGAGCACACUGGUCACCACCACCAUGGACUAUGGGGAGCCUCCAAUGACGUCCCAGCUCGCGGUCACCUACCUGCUGUUCUACCUCAGCAUGAAGCUGUCCAUGGCACUGCUCCUGGCAUGCGGAGCUGCCUGC